CUUUGUCGAAUAACGCUGGUAGGUUUACUUUCUGACCACAAGAUGUCGCUGCAGCUGUUCAAUCCUAGCACGGAGUCAUGUGAUCCCACGAAGCCCGACGGUCACUUCUGGUCCAAGAUGGCGGCGCAGAGGAGGAAUCUGCUUCAAAGUGUAAGAGAUACAAAACAUUGGGGCCAUAGGAAAUGAAGGGCUGAGAGGAGCAGAGUGACAGAGAGAGAGGGGAGGGGAAGUGAUAGUGAUAGUGUUGAGUAACGCCAAAGUGAGAAAUUGGGUGAAUGAUAGACAAUGUGUGUGUAAGUGGCAGUGGGUUAAAUAGUGAGUGUGAGAUAUAAAGAUAUAUAAUAAUCAUUGACAGGGGAGGAUACACAAUGCAAACAGUAUAACUAAACUAUAACCCACUGCCAGGUCUAUGCACACACUUUAGGUGAUUAAAGGCUUUAUGCAUGUUGUAUACAGCAUUUUGAACAGCUGCCUACAUAGCACAUUAUUGCCCUGUAAUACAACAUUAAACUGUUAUAUACGAUUUAUUUUUUGCCAGCCCAUUGCCCUUCUUUCAGGUAGACAUUUGUUAGCUCUUUGAACAUUGCCUAUUUUUUGUUGUGUCUUGUUUUUCUUUAUUUUAUACGCGCAUAUGCCCAAAAUCAUACAUUUACUCCAAAUUCUCUGUACAUGUCCUUUUUUCCCCCAGAGAUUUGUUACAAUCCCUAGUUAAUGUAUAAGUAUACAGAAUCUAGAGUAAAGAACCAUAAAUGUGAGAUUUUGGGCAUAUGUGUGUGUAAAAUAAAAAAGAAAAAGAAAAUAUCUGAUGAAAUUUGAACGUCAAGCAGCAUAAAUGGUUGUUUGUCUUUUGUUUUUAUUUAUGCUAAUUAUACUAAUUUACUUAUAAUUUACUUUACAUGAGCUUUUUUUACAGUUAGUAUGAGCAGAAAUUGAGCCUUUCAACAGUGGUUUUGACAGUACUCAUGAACCCAAAUAUGUAGUUUAGUUAGCUACUCAAGGAGCACACCAGGCUGUAUUCUAUGUCUGUGCAUGUGAUUGCUCUAGAUGUAAAUAUGGUGAAUACAAUCCCCCCAGAUUUUACAUGAAACUAAUAGAACAAUCAUUGUGAAUACUGAAUUGAUCAUAACUUCACAAAAUCCUGCUAAUGCAGCUGAACAGAGGCAGCACACAUCAAACCUUAAGUUUUGAUCUAAAGUCCAAUGUAUUUUUGAAAUAUUCAAAAAUAAUAAUUAUAACAAGUCCUGUCUAGAUUGGCUCAAAAUACCCUAGGUUGUUUACAUUAGAAACUUGUAUGUGAUGUGUAAUUAAGUUCUUUUUUAAAAAGCAGGAAAAUUAAGCAGUGAAAAUUCCAAAAUUGUAAAUUUGUAUAUGUGUGUGUGUGUGUGUAUAUAUAUAUAUAUAUAUAUAUAUAUAUAUAUAAUAUGUACACACACUGCAAUGAACCUGUAAUCCAGUGCCGACACAGCCAUUUUCUGCAGCCCAAUGUGCGUAGCAUGAAAUCAUCAAUGAUCUAUGCCUAUUUAAAUUCUUCUUUUAGAGAAUUGCCUCAAUCUACCAAUCCAGUGCUUCUGUAUGAAAAGCGUUGGUUGCAUUUGGCAUCAUGAUGCACUGUGUGAUAACACUGAAUGCAAAGUCUUUUGAAUACCGGAGGGUCUGAAGGAAGAAGUGGUUAUCUGGAUGACAGCCACUAGAGGCGUGUUUUUGUCAAAAUGUAGACACUGCUGUCUUUGCAGAUGCAGAAAUGUUUUAUAUUGUCAGACAGAAAGGGUAUUAUUUGUGUGCCACUAUAUUAAGAUGGUGCUUCACUUGUCCUUUUAUCAUUAGCAGAAAUUGUUUAUACCGUGGCAACAUUAGUAGGUUGAAAUGUUUCAAAAUGAGGCAGACCUAGCAAAUCUGUUGAAAUUCCCAUUUUGAAAAAUAAAAUUGAUGCAUUACUAAUGUGGGCCAAAAAUGUUAAACUUACUGGCACAGCCUACCAAAUUUUAAAACCUUUUUUUGAAACAAUGAUACUGCUCUGUACAUGUGAACACGGACUGGUAAAAUAAACGGAAAACCUAAUCAUAUUAGGUACCACCAAAAUAAGUUCAAAUCAUUUAUUUUGGGGUGUAUUUCUCAGCUGCUGUAGAAUCUGUGGAUAAAACAUUUGGCUCUAUUUUAUCAUCCCCCUCUCCACCACCACAAUUUAUUAACUUCUAUAUUUACACUUAAUUAUUAAUUGUUUGUAUUUAUGUGGUGUCAAAAUAAUGCCAAAUGUGCCUAUAUAUAUAUUAUGUGCUAACAUAUAUAUAUAUAUUAAUUAUAUUAUAGAUUGAGGAAGCCUUUCGUGUACCCAAAAUGCAGGACUGCCAUUGUAUUAAAAUGGUUAAAGAAGCAAACAAAAAAAAGGAAAACAUUAAUGUCACUUAAAACAGAAUAUGUGAUUAGAAAUUGUGCUUUUUUUCCGAUUGUUUUGAAGUUAUAUUGUUUAAAUUGCUGCAUAUUCAAGUUUUGCAUGGUGUAAUACAUAUGUACUGCUUUCAGUAACAAACUGCCAAUACUUGGUAGUUUCUUUCCUCUUUUCAUAUCUCCUUUAUUCAUCUUCUCCCACAGGAGCAGCAGAGUUGGACAGAUGACCUCCCUCUCUGUCAGCUCUCAGGGGUUGGAUCAGCUACCAAUCGAACCUAUAGUAAUGAAGGGAAGGAGGAACAUCCUUGUGAAGACAAUUGGCUAAAAUUCAGGUGAAUUUUUUUGUUUUAUCUUGUUCCUACUGCCACUAAAUCACAUACUGACAACACUAAUGUACAGGACUCAACAUAGCCAACUGUGCUGAAUUCAACAGUAUAUUGGGAUUUCACAAAAUGAAACUGAAGUUUAUAGUAACAGUUUCUCUAUACAUCAGCCUAAAAAAACGAUUACAUAAAUGUUCAUUUCAGUAAGCAGUAUAGCAAUACAUCUACCUCGGAAUGCUUCUAUAAUGGCCAUGUUCUUUUCUCACACAGUUUUGUGAAUAGGAAUCUAGUGAUAGACUGAGAAAGUUGCCUUCCUCAUUGAAGCCUCAGACAUCGCUGGAAGCCAGGGGCAGAGCAGAUGGGUGCAGAACCUCCUGGCAGCAUAGAAAGUUAAUGAAGUUGUUAUGGUGCCCAGAGUGUUCAAUUAAAAUAGUCUAAAUUUAAUAGUUAAAAUUAAAUACACCUGAAACAAUCACAUUAAUGGUAAAAAAUAAAUAAAACACUACACGAUUUGGAAUGGUUACAUUAAAGGGACACGCCAGGCACCAGACCACUUCAGCUAAUUGAAAUGGUCUGGUUGCUGUGCCCCUAUUGCACUUAGUGAUGCAAUGUAAAACAUUGCAGUUCCAGAGAACUGCAAUGUUUAUAUUACAACUCUAAGUCUGCCCUCUGUGGCUGUCUAUCAGACUGCCACUGGGGGCACUUCCCGAUUAAUAACGGACUUUUGGUCGGUUAUCUGACGCUGGACGUCUUCACGGACAUCCAGCGUCAGAUUUUCCCCAUGGGGAGGUCCAAUGCGUGCGCUCGCUGCCGCGCAUGUGCGUUAGGUUUCCCCCGCUUUCUGACAUUGGUGGCGGAGGAGCGUGGGCAGAGCCUGACCCAGCGCCGAUGUCCCUCUUUGAACCCCUACAGCGACAUGGGGACGGGGACGGGAGGGAGGGGGGCACUGCACAAGUUUGUUUUCCUAGCAAUGGAGAGUCCCUUUAAUAUAUUUAAAGGAACACUAAAAUAUGUAUUCCUAAAGCUAAAGUGUUCUGACACCUAAUUUAUCCUCCUACAGAACAGCAAUGUAUUCAGUUGUAGGGUUUAACAGACAGACAUGGCACACAGAAAACCUCAUUAAGAUGACGUGGUCUGGGUGCCUAUAGUGUCCCUUUAAUUUCAUCAUAUCAUUUAAUUUUGAAAAAUAAGUAGUAUAGUUAAUUGUUCAAUAUCUUGGUUGAUACAAAUAAGCAAACAUUGCUAAGUUUUUACUUUCACUAUUGAGGGUCUUUGCAUAUUUUUCAAAACCCACCCCAAUGUGGGAUCACAGCUUGGGGUCAGGUGGCUGAAGGGGUGCAGUGAAAGGUAGGUUUGCUUACCUGAGACUGUCACUCGCUCGCACCUGCUGCCAUUUAUUUCUUGCUGGUUUUAUUCAGCCCCUGCUGCUUCGUUUGCCAGGAGCCGUGUCAGUGCUGUACUCUUACACGCGCAAGAAUAACACUGACGUCUAUGUAGGAUUCAGUGAGACCAUGGAAGCUGCCAUAGAUGAUAUGUUGUAAUGAGAGAGACUAAAGCUGUCACUUGUGGCAGUUGCUGGGAUUGGACAAAGUUGAAAACAAAGCUCCAUCUAUUGUCACUGCAUGUCUAGCCCAGCUUUACCAAAACCACAGUGAUUCCUACUUUGGUACCUUUGGAUUGUGUUGAUAGUUCAAUGUGAUUCCUAUGCAGUCAGCACCAGAAUUACACUCAGAUGAUUUCUUUAUAAACUACUGAUAAGUGACAGAGCUGCGUUAACUGUGCUUCCACAUAACACUUAGUAUCCAUAUGAUGUCACUUGCAAUGUGUUUUUGUGAUCUGUUGCAGGUUUGUUUGUGUUGGGCACUCGUGUUCAGAGUUGCUUUUCAGGGGAGUUUACGUUAAAUGGACUCUGGAAUUCAGAGUGUAGAGUAAAUAUUAAUAAAUGGUUACGUCACCAUGCCCCUCAGCCUGAAAGAAUAUAAAAAAUAUGUACACAGUAUAAGCCAAGUAAAUGCUAAACUGCUUAUGUGCCCAAACCCACUACUAAGCAUACUCUAUUGCUCCCGCUAAAAUGAAUUCCAUUCAGGGCCUUUGAUGAUGCGCCUCACACACUAAAUCUCACCAUGGAAUGCUGUGCAUGCUUUGUGCUUCCUAUAAUUGUUAGGUGGGUUAUCAUGUUUCAGUCUUCGAUUACCAGUUCAGGGCUGUGCCCUACCUUGUGUGCCAAGGUCAGGUCAUACUACCGGUAGUUAACGUGCUUAGUACACUACAUAUUUACUCAUAAGCCUGAGAAAAACCCAUGUGGAUGAAUUGUUAGUCACCUAAUCUUUAAAAUUGGCUACAUCUCAAGGACGUAUUUGGUGUCCUCUCUCUUUUGUUAGCUGUUAAUUAACAUGAAGGUAAAACAUCCAUAUAACCUUAGUCACUUUAGAUAGAAAUGUAAUACCACAUUUUUUUUAUUUUGCUAACAAGGAGUGCGAACUAAAUCUCUUGGGCAUAACAGGAACUGGCAACUUAGCUACCUUUAUCCACCACACCUAUUUGCUUAGAUGCAUUGUUCUCUUGCUUUUCUGGUUCUCAUGAAUAAAGCAUUGUUUUGCCACUUUUUACUCUGGGUUGACUUGGUAACAGAUAGUUUCUUCAUGUCACAGGAAUGCCCAACUACAUUUGUGUUUGUAAUCAAAGUUGUUUAUUGUCAGUGUACAUUUUAUUGUUGUCUGUACUGUAGACGCAGGGAACACAUUUACUUCCUAACUGUGACCCACUUUUGACUGAUAUAAUGCAGCAUCCAGAAGAGGUUCUUAGAACAGCAGUACAAAAGGACUAACUGCAACUAUGAUUAUAAUCACAAAUGUGUGAUAUAGGCAUCCACAGCAAACACCUAACUCAACAGUUCUGUAUCCUUUAUAAAAAACAUUAUAAAAUCUUAAUAAAGAUGAAAUUUAAAAAAAAAAAAACAGUUCUGGGAAGGUCUCGUAAUCCAUUAUAUAUGGCAGCAUCCAGAAGACAGAUCUAGAGCAACGUUAUUAUUUAAAUGACCUGGUUUUUAUCUAUUUUCUUAUGUGUGGAUAAAGUCAAAAAAUUUGGAGAGCACCUAAGUCCAAGGUUUAAAAUGACACUGAGCACCAUAAUACCCUGUGCCCAAUGUCUAGGUUGUGGUGCUAGGAGGUCCCUGUCACUUAGUCUUUGCAGACAGUUGCUUACAACUGCAGGAUUUUGUAAACAUAACUGCAACUGUGAGACUUCCCUUUUUUCUUUUUUCUUCUGACGUCAAAGGAAAACAUUUUAUUUCCUCCUUUGUGAUCCAAACCUGUGUGAGCAAGUGGCACAUCUUGCUUGCCUCUACCCACUUAAGCUGCAGCUGUUCUCUUGGCUAAGUAGGAGAAUGCUGUGCUCAUGGCCAUUCACAAAACCACACAUAGGGCUGUCUGUAAACUCAUAGCAGCAGUGUUAUGGAUGUUAUCAGCUUAUGGAGUUUAUUUCCUCCCAGGAGUGGAUCUUGAAUAAAAUAUUUGUCACUAACUGUUUUCGUUUUGUAAAUCAGUUCAUUAUUUUGAGCAUAUUAAAGGGCUAAUCUAAGCAAGCUAACCAUUACAGUCCAUUGUAGUGUUUAGGUUAUCUAGAGUGCACUGGCCCUACCCUCAGUUUUAUAACAAGAUAAUUUGGAAUAGUUUGAUAGAAACAGGGGCUCACCAGUACAAAGGAACCUCCCCAUCUUGGCUGAAAUAAGGUGGCUCUUUGGCACUAGUAAGAAUUCCAGUUUCUAUCAAUUUAAUCCUGAGCAAAUCAAUAUAAAACAGGGAGACAGGGCAAGUGCAACCUUUCCACUACAAUAAGCUGAGUAUUCCUUUAAUAAUAUUGUCACUUUUCAAGAACAUCAAAUGUAUCUCUAAUUACCAUUCAAAUCAUUAAUCACAAUUUUCAGACCCCUUAGAAAAGUUAGUAUUAAAAAGGCUGCAGAAAACAUGUUCCAUCAGCAGCCAACAAGAAUAUAUGAAGCUCCCUACUUCCUAUGUACAUUCUUUGAAUUUUUCUUGUGUUCUGGAGUCUGCAGUUAGCUAGAAAUCAUAAAUUCAGUUUUCAUAAAAGUAAAUAGAAAAUAAUGCAGAAAAUAUUCAACAGACAUUAUAGUUAGCAUUAAAGUACAUUAUACUGGUACAUAGACCAUUCUUGCACAACCUGAUAACUAACUAAAAAUUUGCAGUGGGAUAGAUAAGAUUUUAUUUUAUUUUUUUGAUAGUUAACAUUGUAUACCUGAGUGUCAAAACUUGUUGCCUGGAAUUUAAUCUUGAUGACUAUCAAUAUUUUUUCCUGGAAAUGAAUCUUGUAUGUUCUUGUCCUGCCAAUAUGUUAAUGUGGUUUCUUGCUUUCAUUAGGGGAGAAAAUAAUAUUUACUUGUAUGGGGUAUUCAAUGGCUAUGAUGGCGCACGAGCUACCAACUUUGUGGGUCAGCGACUGGCAGCUGAGCUUCUGUUAGGGCAGUUGCACUCCGAUGUCACUGAUGCAGAGGUUCAGAGAGUGCUGUUACAGGUGCGUUUUAACACAAGACAGUGUUUGUGUGUUUCUUGUCACCUCUCUAUACAUUUAAUAUAUUAAGAACUAUAAGUAAUGUAACAUUUGAACACUUUACAUUUUGCUGCAUGAUCUUUCAUUUUACAACUAAAACAACAUUCCCACUACGCUCUAGUGGUCAUGGUGACAGAAAUGCACUGUGCCCCCGCCUAUGUAAGGAGCCAACCAUUUAGUAGUGGUUUGACUACUUACCUGCCUCCCCCCGAUUAAAAGACUCAAACUGUUUGACUUCUUACCUGGGAUCCACUGGGAACUAAUCUUGCCUUAAGUACGUUGACUCCUUACAGCCAGCAGUAGUGGUUAUGUUAUCAGGAGUGUCCUGGUACAACCACAUUGUAUUGGUCAUGGUGCUUUUAAUGUUACUUUAUCAGUUUGAGCUCGUUUUUGUGACCCUGCUGUUUCAUUUUUAACUAAAUUUCUCUGUUACAGGCAUUAUGGGAUCUGUACACAGAUUUAUUUUUUUAAAGCAGUUCUUUAUGUCAUGUCUUAUGUGCUCUAUGAAUCCCAUCCCCUUACUGUGCUGCUUGCUAUAUAUAAGACCUUUUCCCUUUGAUCUUUAUUAUCCUGAUUAUCUGCUUGAGGGAUUAGGACUAGGUCAUUCUAUAGUUUACAUCAAUGCAACACGAAAAGGCUUUCUAGGUUUACUCAGCUUUUAGACGUUGACCUAGAAGCUUGACCCUCAUAUAUAUGAGAUUUGCCUAAUACCUUGCUAUGAAGGGUUUAGACUGAAUAACUGUAACAAUCAGUUUGAUACAAGAAAAAAAAAAAUGUAAAAAAAAAAAUACAUUUUGUCAUUUCUUUUAGACAACUCACCCAGUGCUGUAUCCUGUGAAAAUCAUGCUCAGAGAUGAGAAUACAUCUACAAUUUGAAUAUAAACUUGAGUUUGGUUUAAAUAAUUUAAAUUAAAAGCAGCUUGAUUUUAGAAAAAAAAAAUAGCCACGAAAUGUCGAGCUCUUGUACAGUCUGUGGAUAUGGAAGGAUAAGCAGCAACACAGGCAAACCAGGAGUCUCUCUUCCUGGUCAAUGAUGAGUUAAGAUGGACGUUGCUUUUAGCAUUGUUCGGUUUGUUUAAGGCCAUGAAAGACCAUCUAGAACAUUACAGAAUAUUGGCUUUUGGUAUUGAUACUAAUUUAUGUUAGAUUUUUUAUUAUUAUUAUUGGCAUUUACAUAGCGCCAGCUUAUUCCACAGCGCUUUACAGUAUUAUAAAAGGGGAAAAUUUAACAAUAAAUAAGACAAUUACAAAAUGUUACAGGAACAAUAGGUGGACGAAGACCCACCCUGCUCAAAAGAGCUUGCAAUCUAGAGGUUUCUGCAUGUAGUGAUUUCUCUCCUGUUCAUUUUUCUUCCUUAAUCUGUUUAGGCUUUUGAUGUUGUGGAGAGAAGUUUCUUGGAGUCUAUUGAUGAUUCCUUGGCAGAAAAAACAAGUCUCCUAUCUCAACUCCCAGAGGUAUGUAUUUUUAACAUUCUUUCCCACGUGUUUCAGUCAUUCGGCAUACAGAAAUAAAUAUUUUACCAAAAAAUUGUAUCUGUUACAGGGGUGUUGAAAUUUAAAAAAAAAAAAUUACUGGUCCAGGGGUUAAAUAGUUUACCCAAUCUACUUGUCCUGAUACAAUUUUUAUUUUUUUUUUAAAUCAAGAACGUAUUUAAAUAAGGUCUUUGUUGAUAGUAAUUUAGGAAACAGACCGAACAAUACUUCAAUGCAAUUACAACUGCAAGUAGGUAGUGAACUUAAACAGAAUCAAUUCCAAAUGAGAAUUGUAGCUUACUUUAUCUAAAAAUAGAACUAUAAUUAACUGAGGCAACCUCAUCAGGCCAUUUAUAUCAAUUGACAUGCUUGGUUACAGAAAAGGCAGUGCUUACACUGCUGAGCCUACAGGGUCAAUCUCUUUCCUCCAGAACCACUACAUUAAACUGUAGUGGCUCUGGUGCUUUGAGCGCCCCUUUUAAAAGAGCUUUAAUAAAUGUAUUAAAUGUAGCUAUGUAGUGUGUAGGUUAUGCAGUGUGUGUAACGAACAUAGUAUGAGGUGGGAUAAGGAUGUAGUGUGUAUUUGUGUAGGUUAUGUAGUGUGUAGUGAGGUGUGGGAAAGGGAUGUAGUGUGUGUAGGGAACAUGGUCUGGUGCAGUAUAGAGAUGUGUGUGUGUGUAGGGAACACGGUGUGGUGUGGGAUAGGUAUGUAGUGUGUAGGUUAUGUAGUGUGGGAUAGGGAUGCAGUGUGUGUAGGAAACAUGAUGUCAUGCAGGAUAUGGAUGUAGUGUGUGUAGGGAACAAUGUGUGGUGCGGGAUAUGGAUAUAGUGUGUGUAGGGAACACGGUGUGGUGUGGGAUAGGUAUGUAGUGUGUAGGUUUGUAGUGUGUGUAGGGAACACGGUGUGGUGUGGGAUAGGGAUGCAGUGUGUGUAGGGAACAUGGUGUGGUGUGGGAUAGGUGUGUAGGGAACACGGUGUGGUGUGGGAUAGGUAUGUAGUGUGUAGGUGUGUAGGGAACAUGGUGUGGGAUAGGGAUGCAGUGUGUGUAGGGAACAUGGUGUCAUGCGGGAUAUGGAUGUAGUGUGUAGGUUAUAUAUUUUGUGUAUGAAACAUGGUGUUGUGUGGGAUAUGGAUGUAGGGAACACACUAUUGUGUGGGAUAGGGAUGUAGUUUGUAGGUUAUGUAGAGUGUGUAAGGCACAUAGUGUGGGUGGGAUAGGGAUGUAGUGUGUGUAGGGCACAUAGUGUGGGGAAGCAUAGGGGUGUAGGGCACAUAGUGUGGGGUAGGAUAUGGAUGUAGGAUGGGUAGGAUACAGUGUGGGGUGGGAAAGGAGUGACAGGUGGCAGAGCGUGGGAGGGAGGGAAUGACGGGUGACAGGUGGCGCAGUGAGGUGGUGGCAGAGUUAGUGAGGGAUGAAAGGUGGCAGAGUGAGGGGUUGGCAGAGUGAGGGGGUGACAUAGUAAGUGAGGGAGGGGGUGCCUGGUGGCAGAGUGUGGGAGGGCGACUGGUGGCAGAGAGAGGGCGACCCGUGGCAGAGUGAGGGGGUGACUGGUGACAGAUUGAGACGGUGGCAGAGUGAGGAAGGGGAUGAAAGGUGGCAGAGUGAGGGAGGGGGUAAUUGGUGACAGAGGGUGGGAGGGGGUUACUGGUGACAGAGUGACUGAGGAAGGGGGUGACUAGUGACAGAGGGACUGAGGGAGGGGGUGAGUGGUGACAGUGACUGAGGGGGUGACAGAGUGACUGAGGGAGGAGGUGACUGGUGACAGUUACUGAGGGAGGGGGUGGCUGGUGAGAGAGUGACUGAGGGAGGGGGUGACUGGUGACUGAGGCAGUGACAGUGACUGAGGGAGAGGUUGACUAGCGACAGAGUGAGGGGUGUUAGAAAUAACUUUUUUUUUUUUUUUUUUCUGGUGGUCCGGUGGUCUGUCUAGUGUGUGUAGGGCACAUAGUGUGGGGUAGGAUAGGGGCGUAGGGCACAUAGUGUGGGGUAGGAUAGGGAUAAAAUGUAGGGUAGGAAAGGAAUGACCGAGUGAGGGGGUGAUAGGUGGCAGAGCGCGGGAGGGAGUGGGUGAAAGCGUGGGAGUGAGGGGAUGACAGGUGGCAGUGAGGUGGUGGCAGAGUUAGUGAGGGAUGAAAGGUGGCAGAGUGAGGGUGACUGGUGGCAGAGUGAGGGGGUGACAUAGAAAGUGAGGGAGGGGGUGCCUGGUGGCAGAGUGUGGGAGGGAGAGGGCGACUGGUGGCAGAGAGAGGGCGACUCGUGGCAGAGUGAGGGGGUGACUGGUGACAGAUUGAUGCGAGUUAGGGAGGGGAUGAAAGGUGGCAGAGUGAGGGAGGGGGUAAUUGGUGACAGAGGGAGGGGGUGACUGGUGACAGUGACUGAGGAAGGGGGUGACUAAUGACAGAGGGACUGAGGGAGGGAUUGACUGGUGACAGUUACUGAGGGGGUGACAGAGUUACUGAGGGAGGGGGUGGCUGGUGACAAUGUGACUGAGGGAGAGGUUGACUAGUGACAGAGUGAGGGGUGUUAGAAAUAACUUUUUUUUUCUUUUCCUGGUGGUCCGGUGGUCUGUCUAUCCAGUCUGCAGCUCUGCCAGGUGUGAGCUGCAGACUGUGUUGUGUCUUGCGAGCUCUAGAAGUCAGAGAGUUGCCGUGGUAACCCGCGCCAAUGCUUUGAUUGGCCAGAGAUCGCAAGAUACAGCACAGUCUGCAGCUCACACAUGGCGGAGCUGCAGACUGUGCUGGCUGUCUUCCUGGGCAAACCAGAGGGGCCUCGCACCCGGCGGCACACAGGGCAAGCCGCCGUGCCCUCUCCCGAUGCUGGGUCCUCAUUGACCGAGGACCCGACCAGUCACUCUGCUGCAAGCCUGAAGCAGGGCUAAAAAAAAAAAAUAACUACCUGCCCAGCGCCCGAACUGGAAUUGUGCAUCCCUGUGUUAUAUUAUAUUAUUCUGCUAAAUGACACCAUCAUGCAUUUUGUUGCAAACUAAAAUUGGAGAGCUUUAAUGGGAAACAUAACUUUUGUUUUUAUGCUUUUUUCUUUUUUUUUUCUAAUAUAUAUAAACGGGAGCUGCCAUUUUACAGCAUUUUUUAAAGUUCGUGAACAGAAGAUUUUAUGAAAACAUGGUUAAAAAGUCAUUUCAAGCAUCAAAACCACCUCAGCCCACCAGUGGUUAUGAUGUUUGGAGUAGUGGUUAUGAUGCCAGGAGUACACAGGCCAUCUUCCCCGGUAAUGCCUUCUUGCUUCUCGUUGUGCUCCUGGUCUAUUCUGAAGCAGAAUAUACAACAUCCAGAGCUGCAGAAUCCAGAAGCCUAUCAUGUCGGCCAUUCGUUGGCUGAGAACAUCAGCUGACUGUUUUCAGCCAAUGAAAGGGAACCUGUCCCGUCCAAAACUACUUAUGUUCUUUGUAAAGAGCAUGAAAUGCUAUAAAUACAUUUUGCUAUCAAAUGUAUGGAUUAGGUGAAAAACCAAUGUAAAAAUUGCUCUUUCUCACACUUUUUAAUUAAAUCUAAUAUACUAUAUAAAAGCCACGGUACAACCAAACCUGGAGCCAGCAGCAAGGCUCAAAAGAUAGUUAGUAGUCACAAAAGAAAGAAAAAGGUCCUGGCACUCCAAGGCUUAGGUAGGCAAACUUAUUAGAACUACAGUGCCCAGCACCAACGUUUCAACCAAAGGGUCUUUUUCUGUGGUCGAAACGUUUCUGCUGGACACUAGUUCCAAAAAAUGUGCUUAUCUAAGCAUUGGAGUGCCUGGACCCUUUUCUUUCUUUUGUGAUUACUAACUAAAUCAUAACGUCUAUGUCAAUGAUUUUACAAGGGAGAGCAGAUAUGACCUCCCACAAGAGAUUCUUCUGCACUCUCAAGCAUAGCAACCACAGUACAUGGAAAUGCACUAGCCAAUGCUGCUAUCACUUGCUAAGGAGUAUAGGAAUUAAGUGACUGACGUCACUCCGGUCAGACGCCGGCAUGCUGGCAAUGUGUGUCAAAGUCAGUGUGUUGUAGAAACAUUCUCCAGAAGAUGAACUGGAGGUGGGUGUUACACGGAAGUCUUAUACCCACAAAGCUAUGUAGAUGGUGCUGGAGCGGAGGUGAGGUCAGUAUAGCUCAAUAUUACAUUGCUUACAUCAUGUGUCUUGUGAUACAUGAUGUACUGAAUGUAUUUUGGGGCAAUUUAAAAUGAGGUUAUUGAUUUUCAGUAGCAUAAUUUCUGGGAAAGUGAUAGUUCAUUCACCUCAGUUUACUCAUCACUUUCCGGUAAAUGGCAGCAGUUAUUGCAGCUAUCCAGCUUAGUUUAGUUACCAUGGUAACUUCUGUUGUGGACUUUAACCAUGCCUUUUUUUCUGCUGUUCACAAUUAUAGGGAAAUUGUAUUGGCUUAUUGAUUACAAUAGUCAGAUACGUUUGAUAUAAGACUAUGAAAUAUGUUUGAAACAGGACACAAUAAAUUGCCGGCAACAAAGAAAGAAAAUGAUUUGGAAAGAAUGUGAAAAUAAAUAUGUAUCUUACAGAUCUGGAGAAACAAAUGACUGGAGGCCACAUUCCCUCACUCCUUCAGAUACUUUUUUUUGUAGAGAAGGAAAAAAAACAAAAUACCUUUUUUACAUUAUUGGUAACUAACCAGUGAAUCUGGACCCAGUUAUGUGACAUCAUGCUAUUUCAUUGGGUCCCUAUUUUUUCCUUCCCCAUGCAACUACCCAAAAUACAUUGUUUAUUGUUUUGCAUUGCUUUCCUGGGUCUAUUUAAAUGUUAGUUAUAUUGCACUUGAAGAAGUACUUUUGCAGAUGAAAAAUGAGUUGACAAGCAUAUAAAUGUAAUUUGGUUCCCUGUUUCCCUUUUUGAAAGGCUAAGAACCACUGUUUAAAGGUUUUGCCAUACAGUUAAGGUAUCUGAUUUUUUUUUUCUGCGAGCCCACUCUCUGUUCACUUACUUUCCAUCAGUAGUCUGCUUGGCAUGUGACAGUUGCAUUUUGUAGCUUUGUAAGUUUUGUGUGGCACCGACAAAUGAAUACUGACUUCCACUGUGUCUAUGCAUUCAUCUCAUUUAAAUUGAAAAAAACAAGGCGUAUGGUUUGGAAAAGACCAUUUUGGGGCACAUGCUUGUAUACGCAACAAUUGUCAUAAAAAAAAUGGAAUGCAUUUAGAGUUAUAAUUUUCGGUCACAAGCCAAGAGGUUAAUAUACCUCAAAAAUCAUUGGAUCAAUGAGUGUGCAAGGCUAUAAUCUGAGAAGGGAAUUAACAAACCCUGCUAGAAAAGAUCCAAUAAACUGCUUUUAACAAUGUUAUCCAAGUUACAGAUGUUAUAUAACUUUUUAUUGGGUUUAGAAGCUUAUGCUGUUGGCUUUGAGUAGUAGUUGUUGAGUGUGCCUUAAUGUUUAAAAGUUAGAAACAUCAUUUAAAAUACUCAGUUGACAUUUGAAUAAAAGCCAGGACCAGCUGGACUGUAAGUGCAAUAGCAAAACCUCAUCUUUAGAAUUGGUCUAGUAUGGCAUUUGCAGUUUGGGGUAAGAUUUCAGUACCUUAUUGCAAGUAGCGUAUUGCAUUUUUACACACCUAUAUAUCACUUCAACUAGCUGCAAUUGGCAUGUGUCUUGUGAGUCUUUUGGGAAAUGGAAUCAAGUGCUCUAAAAUAUGCUUUGUCCUUAAAGUUUUUAGGCUCUGAUCACCAAUGUUAAUCUCAAAUGUGCUAUUUUUAGUCUAUGGUGGUGCCUCUGAAACCGUAAAUAUUUAUAUAGUAAAUUAAUGCACACACGUUUGUCUCACACUUCUUAGGUGAUGCAAUAAAUGUACAAAAUGGUGCCAUAAAGUACAAUAAAUGUGCAGUUAGAUCUAAAGACCUGGGUGUUUUUUAAUUGGGAUUCAUAUGUGUAAUAAUAAUUGGCAUUUAUCUCUAUAAUACCAACAAAUUCAACUGUGUUAAAAACCAUUCAUAAAAAGCUAUUACUUUGAUAACGACUACCUUAUACAGUGGAUUUUAAAAAACAAUUUAAUUCUAUUUCUGCAUUUUAUCUUUGGGGGUUUAUCUAAAGACAGCUUGAUCUCUUGUCUGUAGCGCUUGCAAACCCUGCAAUUUCUGCCUAGCACAGACUUCAGACACAGGAUCUUCUCAUCAAUUAAAUAUUGGUUACAGAUUUUGCUCUUUCUUUAGACAGACGAUGCAUUAUAUUCGCGGUGAUAUGGUUUGUGUGAUGUUUUAUUUUCUUUAGGGUGCUGUGAAACAGCAGCUUCCCAGCCAGUACCAGAAGAUUGUGGAGCGCCUAAACAUCCUAGAGAGAGAAAUUUAUGGAGGCGUAAUGGUCAUUGUGGUGCUCAUUCUGAACUGCAAACUUUACGUUGCUAAUGUGGGUGUGUAUUUCUCUACAGUAAGGGAGUGGGAGGAAGUCUAUGUCAUCUCAUUCUUUAGAGAAGAUUCUUUAUGUAGAAAAAUUAAUUUAUCAACAUUUUUGAGUAUGAAAUAAUUGUUGCGUAGUCUUCAUACAGGACAAAUGGGAGUAUUUUGUAUUAUAAUUCUGUAAACUGUGGGCAGGGGGGGAAAGAUUGAGUAAUCCUCACUGUAGCUGCCCCGUCUUCCCCUGUGUCGAACCAUUAUGUAAAGAAUCUGUUAUGCAGAAUAUAUUUUGUUACAUAACAUAUAAUUAAAGAGUAGGUUGCCAAUGUAAUGUAAUAAAUGCAUUUUUUUCAAAAAGGGGCCAAGAAUCCAUGUUAGCUGAGCACAUGAUGUUUUUUAAAUAAUUUAAUAACUUUAAAAAGACAAUUUAGGCACCAAAACAACUUCAGCUUAAUUAAGCAGUUUUGGUGUAUAGAUCAUGCCCCUGCAGUUUCAGUGCUCGAUUCUUUGCCAUGUAAGAGUUAAAUUGUUUAUGCAGCCCUAAUGUGACUUGCACAGCCUUUCUAAACACUUCCUGUAAAGAGAGAUCUAAUGUUUAAACUUCCUUCAUUGCGCAGUAUGUUUAAUUUAGAAUUUCUAAUCUCAUGCUCUAAUAGCCUUCUAGACCCUGCAAGAGCCUUGUAUGUGUGAUUAAAGUUCAGUUAAAGCAGGGGAUAAAACAUCUAAAGUAAGUAAACAACUGAUUGAAAACGCAGGCUGUAAUAGUCACAGCCAGGAAAGGUGUGGCUAGGGUUCCAUGGGUAGAAACAAAAUAGAUUUAAUUAAAUGGCAGAGAAUUGAGAAGUGAGACUGCAGGUACAUACAUGAUCUAUACAUCAAAAGUGCUUCAUUAAGCUAAAGUUGUUUUGAUGCCUAUAAGUUUUUACGUAUGAGCUACAACAUGCCUUAAAGUCUGACCUAUAACAUUUAAAUUGGUAAGUGGUACAUAUUUGUAGGGGCUGUUUGUGUGCUCAGAACUUUCCAAUUGAGUUUGUAUGUCUUAUGAAAGUAGUCUUUGAAAAGCGUCUUACCUUACGAGGUGACUACUACAUUUUGAAUCUGUUCUUGUUGUGAACUAUUAGUAUACUUUGCUAAACCAAUAAAUGGACAUGUAAAUUUAAGAUUAAAAUAGCAGAGUUGCAGAAUUCAGCUCUCCUCUUAUCUAUAAAAAAUAAUCUGUAGUUCCCCAUGUUAGGCCUGCAUCUGCCUCUCUGCAGUUUGAGUUUAACACCUCAGGUGCUGGCAUAAUGUAUGUGGGAGAAACUGGCCUAUGGGCUCUUCAGUUGCACGUGAUCUCUAGGAAAUUUUAUUAAAUUGGCAAAAACUAUUUCAUUAGCACCAUGUCUAAGACAUCAAAUGCACAUUGCAUAAAUAAUACCCAAAUUCCAUCCACAUGCAUACCCAAUUUCAGGAUGCAAACCUUCAGUGUUCCAGAAGUGAUAAAGACAUCACUUUACACUCUGUUGAAAUAUAUUAUAGUGCAGUAAACUGCCACAGCUUAACCCCUUAAGGACACAACUUCUGUAAUAAAAGGGAAUCAUGACGGAAUAUUUCCGUCAUGAAAUAAGCUAGGUUAGCUUUAUUAACCUAGCUUAUUUCAACCUGUUAUAAAAAAUGAACUUACCAAAAAUGUUUCCAUGUUUUUGGGGAGGUCUAAUGCGCACACGACAUUUGCCGUGCAUGCACAUUAGAGCUGCUCAUCAUGGGACGGAGGAGGAGGAGGGAGGCAGGGGGAGCGAUAGUGCUGUGAAUACAGCUGUAGUAUCCUUUUUACACCCAUCUCUAAGCUGUCCCCACUCUUCCCAAAGUCUUCUUUGAUUUUUCCCUGUGGGACACAUCUCCAAGCUUCGCAACUUUUAUCAGUGACAUCGGCACACUGGUUUCGUUGCCAGUGUCAGAACAGAGUCACUUCACUCCAUUCCUUUACUCCCUAGCCAGUGUUAGAAGUGCCAGCCAGGUUGUUUUCAUUGCAAUCAAAGCAUAUGUGCUGUGGUUGCUAUGAGUGGAGAACAGAGGGAGCUCCUGUAUUAAUUGACAGCUGGGAGAAAAGACUAUUUUUAAAUUGUGUUUUUUUUUCUCCUAAUCUAUACUUUUGCUAGCAAAGCUCCUAGCACAAUGUAUAGGUAAAAUAAUGAUCAUAUGUUGUUUGGGGCAUGACGGAUGCCUUUUACCCGUCUUCAGAUACCUUGUUUUUUUUGUUCUUGCCUACAACAAACCUUUUGACGGGUAUAUUUUCUUUAACUAAUACCAAAGAGAAGCACUUCAAGAAUCACUGUAAGAGACUAAAAAUAACAUUCUUUAAUGUUUGAUUUCAGGGACCAACCGGGCUUUGCUAUGUAAAUCUACUGUGGAUGGCCUUCAGGUCACACAGCUUAAUGCUGAUCACACAACAGAAAAUGAGGAUGAGAUAUUCAGGCUCUCUCAGCUGGGUAUGUGCUACCUUUUGGUGGGCAAUUGUGGAAGCUGUGUUUGAAGUUAGUUAUUCAGAAGGUCCUCACUACCAGACUUGGCUUUUUUUUAAUUUUUAUUAUAUCUACCAUAACUCCCUUUCAAUUUACAAGUAGUACAAUGAAUGGGGAAAAGGCUUUUUACUGCAACUAAUCCAUUAAGCUCAAGUUCCUGAAUCUGUGGAUACAGUACAAAAACAGCAUGUUUCAUUGUUAUAUAUGUUGUUUGAGGAUUUAUAUAACUACUAAUGUGAAGUAAUCUAUUUUUGGUGGCAUGUCCAGCUUGUCUUGUAGACAGAGGCUGUAGAAUUAAUUGAGAAGUUGUACACCAUUACAUGGUCAGUUGGGUUUAAUAUACACAGUUUGCUCCCCAAAAUGUUGCAUCUGCAAAAAACAGAAUGAAGAAAGAUAUAGUAAAGGCCCCAAUGCGUUGAAUAAAAUGACAUGCAAAUUUACAUCUAACUUUAUCACCAGACUAAAAUGUUAGAAAUAUCUAACCCAAAAUGUUGUAUAUUCAGGAUUAUAACACAUCUACUAAUAUAUGUAUAUAUUCGAUAUACAAUAAUAUAAUUACUAAUAAACCUAACACCUGUAGUAUUAAGCCAAUACAUUAUUUUAUAAGAGGAGCAAAACCUGGUAAAUAAUGGACAGGAUAUAUAAAGUUUCCUACACAGCCCAUUGUCUCGAGACCAUUUUAUCUUUAUUAUUUGUCCAUCACAAUGCAUGUAUUGCCUUGGAAAGAGUUUUUGCUCAUCAUACCCCAACAAUAGAGAUUAUGAAACUUUAACACUGUAGUAGUUUGAACCAAUCUGUUUAACUCCAAGACACUGGCAAAUUAAACAUAAAAUGAAUGCAUUAUUUCGAAUUAAAAAAAGUGGAAUAGAACGUGAAUAAUAUAUGCUCUUAUUUAUAUGUAUUUUGUUUGAGAACUGUAUAGAAAAACAACGUAACCUGUGAUCAAGUGGCUUAUUCACUGAUAGUAAAUUGCGUUAUAUUUAAUAUUUACUUUGUAUGUUAUAUUUUAGCCCUAAUGUAUAGCUUGUGUCAUACACAGAGAUAUUUGAGAGCAGCCUGUUUAUUUAACCAAUGUUUUGCAAAAUAACUGCAUCUUAUAGUAUAGAGUAUAUUAAGGUUUUUCCACCCUUUUUACUUUUCUGACUUCGAUCUUGUGCCUUAGGACUGGAUACAUCCAAGAUUAAACAGGUGGGUGUAAUUGGAGGUCAGCAAAGCACACGCCGCAUUGGAGAUUACAAAGUCAAAUACAACUAUAGUGACAUGGAACUGCUCAGGUGAGAGUACUUUCUGAUUUCAUCAGCCAUUUGAGGUGAAUUUUAGCUCACAGUCAAAGCACAAAAAAAGACAUUUUACUUUUUAAAAGAGGCGCUAUACCCACCGAAUGGGCAGACAUAUGGGCAUCCAUCAAAUCCAUCUCAAUCUGCAUCACCCACAAAGAGCAAGCUUACAAAAUGCUCUUCAGGUGGUACCUAACCCCCCUCCACCUAAAGGCAAUGAACCGAAUAUCCAAUAACCUCUGCUGGAAACUGUGUGGCGAAACCGGCACUUUCCUCCACUGCUGGUGGACAUGCCCCAAACUCACUCCUCAAACAAUUACAACACUCUUAACUAGAAUACUUAACAAGCCAGUACCCCCGGACUCCUGGGCUCUCCUACUCUCUAAACCCAUUGACACCUUCACCCGCAAUGAAAACAAACUCAUUACUAGAAUAGCACUGGCCACACGCAGAGCAAUAGCUGAAACCUGGUCCACACCACACAUACCCACUCAACUCCAAAUAAACACUAAAAUAACUGACAACAUAGCCAUGGAUAAGCUGACAGCGCAAGUUCAUGACACCCCAAAAUCAUUUCACAAAGUAUGGGACCCAUGGCUGGAAGGACACAACGCACUCCCAUGGUGAUACAUAGCUACCACACAACCCACACCGCCAACAUCAAUCCACAACAAGAGACAAAAAUGUCGCUCAUCUAUCCAACCCCUAACCCAAUCCACCUACUCGGAGUCCCGGGGGGUAACCAGGAGGGCAGCACCCCAUCACCUGCCCCUCUGAACACCCCCCCUUCUCUCCUCCCCCACCCCCUACAAACCCACCUCCCCUACCCUACCAUCCCCCUGACUAAUGACCUGACUUACGAGCCAGGCACUGCUGAUCCAACGCUACAUAACAAACCAUCCUACAGCAGCGACCUACACAGACGCCAACCCUCACCUAAAAACGACCACCUACAAUAACCCUGGCAAAACAGACAUACAAGCUAUAUACUAUCCUCCGACGGAGCUAACAAACCGGACCACUCCACAACACAACGUUCUGCAUUCCAACUACAACCUCCUCACUGAAGCACAAAUACAAAUAACACAAACAGAGGAGUUGACUGUAAGAUCCCCGACAAACAGCGGUCCACGAUAGACGGAAUAGUCAACGACACCCCAGCCCAAAGAGCCAGACCCGAAUGCAAACAACCCAAUGUCGUACCCAAUUGUUGUUACCCAAAUAACCACCUUGUUCUUUUCCUCUUUCUGUACAAACGUUCAUAUGUUCAUAUGAAACAUGAAAAUAAAGAAUCUUUAAAGAAGAGGCGCUAUAAACAGGAUUACUACUAUAGCUUGCUGUAGCGCUUUGGUUGCCUAGAGUCCCUGGCAAAAUCCUUUAGUUUAAUUUCAAACUCUGCAUGUUAGCUCAUCUGUAUUAGCCAAUCAUUGUUGUUUUGCUUAGCCAAAAAUUGACAAAUGCGGAAGUGCAGCAAGAUGGGUGCGUUCCCUCAGUAUCUGGAUUACAUUUGGGCUAUAUCAUUAGUCUGGCUAUGUUGCUUAAAGAUCACCUUUAUUAACAUAUUACAAUGCAAAGCAAAUAGUAAUUAUUCAACAUUGUAUUGAUUUCCCUCUGAGUAGGUUUUAAAAUAGUGUUUCAUUUAGUAUUUGCCACAAACUAAAUUGCUAAAAUCCAGUAUGAUUAUUCUUUUACUUUGACCAGCACUGCCAAAUCAAAGCCAAUCACAGCAGAACCGGAGAUCCAUGGCUGUCAGCCACUGGAUGGAGUAACAGGCUUUCUGGUGCUAAUGUCAGAAGGACUUUACAAAGCUCUUGAAGCUGCUCAUGGUCCUGGACAAGCCAAUCAGGUAAUAGUCUGUACUUUUUACGUCUGGUUUUUGUUUUUAAACAUUUCAUCAAUCGUAUCUUCCCCAGUUUCCUAUUCGACCAGUGUGGCUGCCAUAAUGGGAAUCCACCCUAAUAUUUCAAUGGCUAGAUCAUGUUAUUGACUCUCUUACUGGACAUUUUUUCUAUACACAAAAACAUAUUGUACAGCCUGCCUGAUGCUCCACAAUGUGUUAUUAUGGCAUCAUCAGAGCAAACAUCUCCUAGCCUGCCUGAGAUUUGUAGGAGUUAUACUGCGGAGCAACAGCUACUGCAUUAUUAUUUAUAAAUGCCAACAAAUUUGCAGCGCUGUAAAAUAGGGGCGCUAACAAACAAGGACUUGCGACAAGACAAGUUUCACGUACAGGAACAGAAGGUGUUGAGGGUCUUGGUCAAACUUAACAAAUUUCCAUUCUAAGGGUACAUUUAGCUGCUCUCCUUAAGUAGAGAAGAGGGACUGUUGAGACUGCAUGUCUCUCACUCCACAGACCUUCUGAUGACAUUUGCAUAGUGGAAGAAUGUGUGAAUUAAUGGCAGCGAAUUGCCCCUGCUGCCCAGUAUCAUAAUCUCACUUCUGUUACUAAUACUCAGAGAGAUGCUGUGAAGUGAAAUACUCACCAUCUCUACAGCUCCUCUCUUGAUAUUGAACUAAGGAAAUUGCUGUUUAGUAACUCACUAAUCUGGCAGCCUACGAGACAUAUGUCCCUAACUUUAAAUCUUGUAAUAUAAAAAAUAAAUAGUUUUGAAGUGAGUAUUAUGGCAUAAAAAUGUCAUUGAUUCGAGGGGGGCGUGGCUGAUGAGCAGACUAAACGGACACGUUUCUGUGCAGAGAUGACUAAAAUAACGGUUUACCCUGGCUAUACCAUACAGGAGAACGCCAACUUCAUUGCCCCCACCAGCUGACAUAAUGGGCAGCAAAAAUAAGAGGUUCCGAAUAUCUGAGAGCCCCAAACUCCCCGACAUCAGCCUGCUCCGAGAAUUAUUCCCAAGAUGUUUGUGACUAAAUCACUUGCCUAUUCCCCUUUUAUAACAGCCAUCUUUUAUGCACCUUAGGUCAGAUUGUCUGUUAUAUAACUCAGUGCUCACUAUUUUGCAACUGUCGAUUGCUCUUAUAAAUCACCUGACACAAAAUGCUUCAGAGCACAUGAUUUUGAAAAACAACUGAUGGAUGCAGUAUCUGUGUUGGACAAUAGAGCUGAUUUGUCUUUGGUUUUCUGUUUGAAAUCAUGUCUUACAAACUACGCAAACAUAACAUUCUGCAUCCUGUUGGUAAAGUUGCGUAUUUCUCAGAUCCUUUUUAUUUUAAUUUGCUGUUGGCCAUUUGUAAAAAGACAAGAAGCAUAUUUAAAAGCUUACUGGAAUGUUUUCUCUCUAAUCUCUUAUUCUGUUGCUUCAGAGGUUCUGCCAUUGCAUUUCCUUUUUUUUCUGGUUCCAUCACUCCACAAGUUGAGCCAAGGUUGGGACACCAAGCCAAGGCACAUGGCCAACUGCUUGUCCGUUCCUUGAGUUCUAGCUAACUUCCUCUUUCCUGAGAAGGCAUGCAUCAGCAAUAUUUGCUAGUCUCCUGCUCCCCACUUACUGGGAAAAUUUUCUGUCAUUUUUGUGUCAUGUCUUAGAAGUUUUGGCUAGCUGACUUGAUGUCUCAUUGUAUCAUGCAGACCAUGAACCAAACUCAGUAGCAUAAGCCUGUGUAUGAUCACCGCUUUGGGUUCCCAUUAAUUAACAUGUCUAAACUUUAGAGCUUAAAACCGUUUGUUCUUUGAGCAUAGGUUGAUUUAAAUGGUAAGAAACUUCACCCUUCUGCUGAAAUUGUCAUGACAUGUUCACUUUAAGGCCUGCAGACACCUACUGGUCAACCAUAUUAUAGCACAUUCAUAUUUAUUCAGAAUCCCAUCUUGGACUCUAAAGAAUCAUCCCAAUGGCAUCUGGCUAUAAGAAUUAAAUAUUUCCAUACCCAAGUUUUAAAUUGCUAGAAAUAUAUACAUUCAAUCCAGCCUAAAUUCAAAGUGACUAUUACUGUUUACUUUUAGUAUGGCAUUUAUUUGACAUACAUUAUCUUUUUUAUUUUCGUAAUUUUUGCAUGUAUUAAAAGAUGUAUAUUAAACUUCGAGAAAUCUAAAGCUAACCCCUUAAGGUCAUAGGCAAUUGUUCAAGUCCUGAACUAAAAAAAAAGCCCUAGAAUUUGCUUUGUGUGUUUGUUUCACCAUAAUUUAAGGGUUUCUUUUAAUAUCCUACAUGUAUACUUAAUACAACAUAAAAUGUUGUUAAAAAAUUUUUGGCGGCCUGUCAGUUUUACACAUCCAGUGCAACUAUAGAAAAAGAAUUCAAAAUAUAUUUAGUUCUCGUAGUUAAGUACCUCAUAUGUCUUGAAUAUAAAUACAUUUUGGUAGUUAACUUUAAAACUAUACCAUAGAAAGUCUGGGCUGGGAGAAAAGGGGAGGGCUUGCAAAUGCUCCAGGCAAGAGAACUGUAGCUUUUUCAAACUGUUUUUAGAUAUACCUCCAAUUAUAAAAAUGGAUAAUUAAAUACUUGCAUGUUUUCUACUAGACUAUCUUUCUCUCUUUCUUUUUUUUGCCUUUACAAGUGAAUGUUGCUUGUACUUUUGAAUAUGAAAUUUGUUAGUUUUUCUUCCUAUUUGAUACGUUUUUCCUCAUGUUUCUCCAAUUUGUCAAUAACCAUAGGAGAUAGCAGCAAUGAUUGCUACAGAGUUUGCCAAGCAGGUAUCGUUGGAUGACGUGGCACAAGCAGUUGUGGAGAGGGUUAAGCGAAUUCACCAUGACACAUUUGUCAGUGGUGGGGAACGUGCAAAGUACUGCUCAAAACAUGAAGAUAUGACUCUGCUUGUACGAAAUCUAGGCUACCCACUGGAGGAGGUUACACAACCCACCCUCACACCUACUCAAGGUACCAAACUGUUGGGGUUUUUUUUGUAUCUUCACUUCACUUCAAACACGUUCUUGUAUUUACCUUUGCCCAUUUCCUCUGUUACUAGGUGGCCGGAUAUAUCCUGUUUCUGUGCCAUACUCCAAUGCACAGAACACUAGCAAAACAAGUGUCACACUCUCAUUGGUGAUGCCAUCACAAGGAACAUUGGUGAAUGGAACACACGGUAGCAGUUCAACUUUGGAUGGGACCACUUCAACCCUGUAAGUAUUUCCCGUCAGUUGUGCAGUUUGAUAGCAAUCCGGAAAUUAUAAUAAACUGUCUUCUGUUAAUAAAAGAUAAACAAUUUAUCUUAAAGUGUUCUACAGCCCCCUCCAUUUUUCCUCAGAGGAACUGAAUAUUUACACUUUGUUAGACGGAAUGACAUCUGAACUCUGUUUCCCUGAAUUCUAGAAGACAAGCAUAAUAAAUUAUGAAAAGUUGUUCACACUUAAUUAGCUGUACUGUCAUGCACACUAUAUUCACCAAAGUACUCUCUGAUACACAUACUCAAUUAACCAUAUUUUGCAGUUACACAAUAAGUUACUCUCUUGCACAUAGCAAAUUAACCACAUAUUUUCACAUAUAACUAGCUUCUCUCUCUCUCUCUCAAGCACACAUGCAUAACUAACCACUCGCCUACACACACAUACGUAUGUGUAGCCACUUAAAUACACGUUUACAAUCAUGCAUGGACACGCUCACACACGACCAACAACUCACCUGCGCAUGCAUACAUGUAUAAAACAUUUUAAGUCUGUUCAGAACAUUAUUAUAUGUAUCUCGUAGCCAUUUCGUAGGCAGCUAAUAGACAUAUGAACAAAUACCACAUCUGUCUCUUUUAAAAUACCUGCUUUGAAUUUAAAACAAACCCAGUAAGGUAUUCAUAGAUGGGGAGGGCAUUAUUUGGGUAGUACAUAGUAUAUGUUGAUGCCUGAACAUCAUGUACUCACUCCAUCACUCCUAUGUCCUUUGACUUCUUUGCACCCUCAUACACCUUACUGGCAACAGUGACUUGGGCAAGCACACACCAAUAAUAUUUCCCUGAUAAUUACAUCUUCCAGUUGCAUGCAUUUGUGACUUAAAGGGACACUAUUGGCACCCAGAUAAUUUCAAGAAAAAACAGAGUAAACCACGCCCAGUAUAUGUGUACAAAAUGUUAUACGUACAUAGGUCUUCAAAUGAUUAUACACAAUUGACCUCAAAAUGAGAAGAAAAGACAAAAUAUUAGUGCAGCACAGUAUGUAAAGCGCAUAUGUGAUAAGUAGAUAACCUUAGGUCACUUCCACUCACAUUUUAUUGCGCUAACUUAGAGCUCUGCGGUUUUGCGCAUGUACGGAACAAUCCCUGUCUAAGGAUAUAUAGUGAUGCAGUCGCCACAGAUGCUUCAAAAAGGUGCAGUGUGCAGGAUAUAUGUGGAGAUAAAUACAGGAAAAAAUUCCAAUGGUGAAGUAAGUACUGAUGGAAAAUCAGAUGACAAAUAAGGUAAUGUACUUACAUUUACCAGAGCAGGACCUGCUCUGGUGUAAACAGCGUGGGUUGUAUAAUCCCUACCUUACGAUAUGAUGGUACCAGGAAGCAGUAGGUAAAUAAAUUAAAAGGUAUAUAUAUCUCUUCAGACAGUUCUGACUAAGCCUUGGAGAGGCGAAAUGCAUCAAGUGGGACUCCUAAAAGUAUUUUAUCACUGUGUUAUUGUCUUUUUGUUUGGUUAAAUAAAUAGUAAAUUUUUAUAUAUAUACCUUUUCAUUUAUUUACCUACUGCUUCCUGGUACCAUCAUUUCCUAAUGUGAAAUCCUAACUGUGAGCGCAGCCAUUGCCGCGCAUGCACAUUAGGACUCACCCGCCAGCAAGCCGAGGAGGAGAGAAGAUGGACCCGAUCCAGCACUGAGGGACUUCUACACAGGACCCAGGUAAGCGACAGAAGGGGUUUUGCACCAAGGGAUUGACAGAGGGUGCUUGACAGAGAGGGAAGCUAUGGUGCCUGGCACUAUGGUUUCCCUUUAAGCACAAACCAACCAAGAAAAUGAAAUCCCUCUCCAGAUCUCUUCUCUAGGAGAACUUAAAAAGGGAAUACAUUUAUAUUUUUAUUUUGAGCACACAUUCAGUUUUUGUAGUCUUUUCAGACUGAAGAAUUAAAUUAUCAGUAAUAUUUCAAUGUGUGAGUCAGGGUGCAUUUGAUUUAAAUCAUGGUUUUUAAACCUAAAGAUUAAUUGCUGGUUGUUAUAUUUAAUAUUUCUCAACAGAUGAACAUUUCAUAUUUAGAAAAAUAACUUUUAAGAUUAGUUUAACAGUUAUAUGAAUGGAUUUUGUUAUAUACCACUAGCAAUACACAGAUAAUGCAAGGUGAACUAACAAUCAUAUAUUUGCUGAAACAUCAAUGCUUGUUAACUGAAGUAGUUAAACAAAGUAUGUUUAAAGAAAAAAAAAAAAACACCAUAAAGUGUUACUUGAAUCCUUAAAAAUUUAUUGUUUAAAAAAAAACAAAAAAAAAACGAAUGCCAUUUUGGGUUUGCCCUUUUACAUGGGUCACUGCCAGACUCCAAGCCUUCUCUGAUGCUGGGUUAUAUGUAUCUAGCUUCUGCAGAAGUUACAUGCCAGUCCCACCUGUCAUUCAUUGGCAGAGAAUGUCAGCUAGAAUGAAUGAACCUCUGUACAAAGAAUAUGCACACAAUUGACAUUAGCCAGCUUGGAACUCUUGUUCUGGGUUGGCUCAUGACAUAUAAAUACUGUUGCCGGAGGUGGAGUUACACCUCUGACAGCAAUAUAAAACAUAUUAGUAAGUGCAGAGUUUCAUAUUAAAAAAAUAUGACUGCAGAGCACUAUGACCACUUCAAAUAACUGAAUUGGUCAUUGUACUUGGAAUAAUUCUUUGUGGUAAGCUGUUUAUUGUGUGUACAUAGAUUUGCAGAAUAACAAUGGGUUUAAGAUCUUUUUCUGAACUUUGUUAAUUUUAUAACAUUUAUUUCUGUGAGAAGGUGCAUGUUAUUUGUGCAGACACAAGUGCAAAUAACUUCAAUUAAUGGAAUACAUUUAACAAAAAUGUAAGAUUUUCAUCCAGAAGUAUUUUAUUUAAAGAAAUUCGAUUUAAGCAAAAAAAAAAACAACCAUAACAUCUGUGAAUCUCACAGGGAUCUUUGGUGAGUUAGUUUGCAAAACCACCAGUUAUUUCCUUUUCCUGCAAUACAAGAUAAGUUAUAAUCUGCCACUAUAGACAUGACACUUACCUCUGACUGCAGUAAAAGUAUGUAUAAAUAAACAAGUGGGCAAAGAUAUAUUGCAUAUUCCCCACCAGCAGAGCUGGUGCAUCCAACGGGAUCCAUUCCUGUAGACCAGGCUGCCCCAAACUCCAGCCCUCCAGAUGUUGCUGAACUACAACUCCCAUGAUUCUCAGUCCAUCUAUUUCAUUUAGAGAAUCAUGGAAGUUGUAGUUCAGCAACAUCUGGAGGGCUGGAGUUUGGGGAAGCCUGCUGUAGACCGUUAUAGGUUGUGUCCAGGCACACUGUCAGCAGCUUUUGGUGUGCAGACCUGAGAGUGUCAGUUUCUUUUGCCUACUGAUAUGAUUCUAUUCCGAUUGUACUGUAUAUUCUCUCAAAGUACUAUGUGACUUUAAAGGGACACUAUAGGCACAAGGACAACUACAGCUUAUUGUAUUUGUUCUGGUGAGUAUAAUCAUUCCCUCCAGGCUUUUUGCUGUAAACACUGUAUUUUCAGAGACAAUACAGUUUUUACAUUACAGCCUAGGAAAACCUCCUCUGGCCACUCCUCAUAUGACUGCUAGAGGUGCUUCUUGGGGCAGUGACUGCCAUUCAGUGUCUCCACCCUCUGCAUGCAGACAUUGAACUUUCCUCAUAGAGAUGCAUUGAUUAAAUGCAUCUCUGUGAGGAAAUGCUGAUUAUCCAGGGCUGUGUUUGGCCUGUGCUGGCUCUUCCCCUGAUCUGCCUCAUUGACAGUCUUUGCCAGUCCUAUGGGAAAGCAUUGUGAUUGGCUCAGAGAAUCACUUCUGAUGAUGUCAGCCAAGCAGCUAGAUCAGGGGCAGUCAUCAGCUGCAGACUUGAAUGCAGAUAAGAUUUUACUAUAUUUAGGGAGAUCAGGAGGGCUAGAUUGUGGGUUUUAACACUAGUGUCAGGAAUACAUUUUUUUGGUGCUAAGAGACCUUAUGGCGCUAAUAUUUUUUAUUUACAUCAGGGCUCAACAGAAGUAAACAGGCUCUCAAAGCAAGCCCCAAAGUAUGGGAAGUAAAUCUAACUAGUCACAGGGUACUUAAUCUCCACCCAGCAUAUACACACUAAAGACAAAUAAAGCAUAGCUCCAAUGGCACUUAUUUGGCAGCUAUAUAUUUGUGAGACUACCAUAUAGUAUACAGUCCCACAUGAUUCCCAAGUGUAAUAUAAAGCAUCUAUCACUUUACUGCACUGUUCCCACAUAACCUGCAGCACACAUUUCAUCAUGAUGAUUUCCAGGAAACAUUCAAGAAUGUAUAGAGCUUGUGAAACAUGUACCUUGUUAAUAUCGGUUUACAUAGUAAAUAUGUGAUAUAUUUUCCUGUGAUGGCUGCUGCUUAAAGCAAACUCUUGUGUGUAUUCACAUAAAACAGUGUACACAGACAAGGGUGAUACUGCAGAUUUGGAGUUUGGUUCCCUCCAGAAAUCAUCCUUUUUCCAUUGGUGUGCAUGGAGGAAGUAACAAAGAUCGAGAAGACCUUCAGAGAUAAUACACAUGGGAGCUAUACACAUGGGAAAAAUGUAUUGCCUGCUCAUCCCCUCCCUAUUGGGACUGUGAUUGUUACAGUGGCCCCAGUGCUUUAUUUAUUCCAACUGCAGUUCCCCUGUCAAUGACUUUACAGAAAAUAAGAAAUUGGAGCCAGACAGUGCUUGUGGAGGGAGGGGUGUGUCUUUAUUCAGUGUAACAGGGCAUCUAAAUUUGUAAUGGUAGGUGUAAUGCAGUGAGAGUUCUAUGAUAGUUAAUAUAUAUAUAUAUAACAUGGAACGGUGUAUGGAUGAUGAAUAGUACGUUUAAAAAUGCACAACUGAAAAAGACAAGAACUGCAAUGUAUUGUUGAUGUGUUAAAACAUAAAUAUCGUAACAUAAAUCGCUAUUAGUGUUUGGCAAGUGGAAAAUUAGCCCUGGCAAGGAGAAACUCACUCUUAGUGAGUAUGUUAUGCCUGGCAGUGGCAAGUAAUUUUUAUGCUGGUGGCAUAGGCCCUGCAAAUAUAAAGGUCUUUUCUUUUUUUUUCUUUUUUUUUUUUUUAAAGAUAACUGUGACUGAAAGAUGGAAGGAUAGACAAUAUAUAUGUAUAUUGGGAACUGUUCAACAUAAGUUGUAUGGGCAAAACAGGAAGUAAAUAAACUUACUAUUAGUAUUGCAUUGGAAUGGAACAUGCUAAAUGGAAAUAAGCCCUAAUAGUGGGUAAGAGCCAUAUGGGGAAAAAAAUGUGGCCCGUGGCUAGCGGCUAAAACAUUCCAGUUCAGUAAUUCACAAAAAUAUAAUGGUUUCAUCCUGCAAAUGUUGAGAGCUGUUUGUUUCUUCUGUAAAAUAAAGCAAAUUUUAACACACAGUUUAGGAAUUUGGCUCCUCAACAGCAGCUUAUUUGCCACCAGAACUAGCAUGUACAGUGUUACAAAAAAGCAUAAAAAUAAACAACAAUAAAUGAUAGUUACCCAGGAUACCCUGAUACUCAGAAGGUAGAUGGACAGGCUGUCUCCCAUACCUCCCUGUUGUAGUAGAUGAGAUAUUAACCCUUUAGCUUCUAGACCAGGCAUCUCAAACUCUGGUUCCCCAGUUCUACAACUCUCAUUCUUCUCUAUGCAUCUAUGGCAUUCAAAUAAUUCGGGGAUUUGUAGGUCAUAAAUAUCAGUAUGGUCAGAGUUUGAGGUCCUUGUUGUAGGCCAUACUCACUGCAUUUCAACACCAAUAUCACUGGUUGUUGUUGUUUUCUGAACAUUACCCUCACAGAUUAUAUGUUGUUUUUUUCUCAGUAGAUCAUAAAAGUUUAGGAAAUACGUUUAGUUUGCAAAAUAAAUUAAAAAUACUUUUUAAAAUCCACCAUAUAAAAUGCGAAAUAAGGAAUUUUUAGUGCAAUUUUCCAUAAUGUGUACAUGAGUGAACAACCACAUGGGAGGCAUUUUAUAAAUUACUUCAAAAAUACAGAUUUUAAUUAAAUAAUGACUCAUUAUUGCUGGUUAUCUCAAAUAUGUGCAACCAGGUGAAAAUUUUAUAUUUAGAAUAAUAACUUUCACAUUAGUUUAACAAUUAUAUCAGAACUGGUUUUGUUAUAUACUUUUGAGAAAUUCAUAGAUAAUGAUAACAGCAUUGCAAGGGGAACUAUUUCCAGUUUAAUAUGUUAAUAUUUCAUGUUUGGAUAGCAAUGUGAAGGAUUAUUCAAAGCAUCAUGACCGCUUCAGUGAAUUAAAGUGGUUAUGGUGCUUGAAAUCUGUAUGUGCUGCACUUUUUAUUUUGAAAUGCUGCACAUACAGAGUUUAACCCAUCUGCUGCUGGAGUUGUAACUCCACCUCCACAGUGUCAUCACUAGCCACCCCAGGGCUUGCUAUCGUCAAUCCUUAUUUCUGUGCACAGAAUUAUAUUCAUUGGCUGAGCGUGGUCAGCUGACGACCUCAACCAAUGAAUAGUUACUGAAUCUGCUUCUGUCAGAAGAAAGUCAUCUAGCUGGAUAGGUGACAGAAUACCAAGAGCAUGGCAGGGCCCAGGUAAGAGGAUAACCUGUUGCUAAAAGAUUUGCUUCAUUACUUAGGAACCAGGCUAGAGUAUUCCUGGCAUCAUAGGAGGAGUGGCAAGUGGAGGUAUCCUUAGGCUGUAAUAUAAACACUGCAUUUUCUCUGGGAAAAAAAAAACUGUGUUUACUGCAAAUAGCCUGAAGGGACUGACUAAACUCACCAGAACAACUACUUAAACGUUGCUUUAAAGUCUUUUUCGAACAUUUCUUAUAUAAAACGUGCAUGUUAUCUGUAAAGAUACAAGUUCAAUUAACUUGGAUUAAUGGAAUUCAAUUUCUUUUGUAUAUCAAUGUAUAUUGAGUUGUACAUACGGCAUUACCAUAGUAAGUUGAACAGUAUCAGAGUAUUUAUAAACUCUGACAUGAUACUGUGUUCAGAUGUGAGUGUCAGUGCUAAGGAUAUCCAGGUAAAACAUAUCUACAGUCCUAUUCAUUACUAAUUUAACUUAAAUGUGAAUCAUGAGAGCCUCUUACUGCUCGGUUUAAGUGUAUAAUUACAGCCUCUGCGUUUACAUAGAUAUUGGAGUUCUCCUAAUAUUAGAAGGGAAGGAAGGUAGGGGGAUGGGUAGACUUUCGGGGGACAGGAAGGAAUCAGAUCUGGUGGGUACAGCUUCCUAUUGUAUGAGGGUAUGAAAAUCUCUUGAGUCUGUGAAAAGAAGGCCAGUACUGCAAAUCUUGAUCUUGCAUGAUUACGUGCAAUCAUUUUUUAAUCUUGUGAAUAAUAUUUGACUCACUUUAUGUACACUAUUUUUACAGGUAUAAGUAAACAGUGCUUAGUAGCAACCUGUACACGUUUGUACAAAGAUAUUUUCUUUUGUGUUGAGAAGAAUACAGUGCAUUCAGUUUAUUGCCUUACCCCAAAGGAUAGAAUUGAUCAGAACAUUGUGUUUUAAGGAAUGCCACUUUAGGAUUCAGAUCCAGGGCUUAUAUUUAACAAUAGAUAAUUAAACGUUAACCUUCUUUUAAAAAAGUAUUUAAGAUUCUGGUGCUUGCUUACAAGUCCCUGCAUAAUGCUGCUCCAACCUACCUAUCCUCCCUAAUACACAAGUAUGUCCCGUUGAGGCCCCUGCGCUUUGCCAAAGACCUACGUAUAUCCUCAGUCCGUUGCCUCCAAGAUUUCUCCAGGGCUGCACCUCCUCUGUGGAACUCCCUUCCCUUCUCCAUAAGACUUUCACCCAGUCUCCACUCACUUAAAAAAAUCAUUGAAAACUCACUUCUUCAAGAAAGCAUAUCAAUUAAACUGUUAGCAGGUUUUUAUCCCUUACCCCCAUGACUCCUCUCCUGCAACUGUCAAAAUUACAUACUAAGCCCUCAGUGAAUACUUUUCUAACAACUUACUUCGUACCCCUACUUUUACCCUUCGUGUCACUAUUCCGCUAGUAUACUCACUCUAGAAUGUAAGUUCAUUGAGCAGGGCCCUCCACCUCUCUGUUCCUGUACGUCCAGUUGUAUGGUUACUAUUACAUGUCUGUUAGUCCAACCAUUGUACAGCGCUACGGAAUCUAAUGGCACUAUAUAAAUAAUAAAAUAAUAAUAAUAAUGUUCUGUCUAGCAUUCGUUUUAGUACACAAUUUGACUUAUGGUUUUCAGAAUGUCUGCAUGUGUACAGGUUGCACACUCCAUUCCUGCCCUGUCUUUAGAUUAGCACCCACUUCCAACAUGCUCGCUCUGCGGGUGAACAGGUUGAAUACCCCUUGACUGCUUUGUCUGUGGAUUGAAAUGCUGACCACACUUUGGCUGGUCUGUCAGCAAAUGGACAGCUUGUCCAUCUCCUGCCUGCUCCAUCUAAAGAUGAACAGUUUGACCACCUUCAUUGUACUCUGGAUGCAAAUGGUCAGUUGGCAAUCUCGUUCCCUCCCUAGCGUAGUGUAAUUUAUUUUUUUAAAUCACCUAACAAUUUUGUAAUACACCUAUUAACACCUAAUUUCAUGGCAAAUAUUAAUUAUGCUCUCCCCUCCCAGUACCAUUCAUUAUAACAAUACUAUAAUGCAGGGGUGCCCAUGAGGCUUUGUCAUUCUAAAGGCGUGUAAAGCAUCAUGGGAGUUGUAGUUCUACAACAUAUGGGGAUCUACCUUUUGUCCACUACUGCUAUGACGCCUUAGUGUAUUGUUUGCCAAUCUUUUAACCCCUUCAGACCAGAGGGCGUACUAUUACGCCCUAUUAUAGGCGGCUCUAAACGCCGCCGGGCGUAAUAGUACGCCCUCCGGUCUUUCGGUACUUACCCGGUCGCCGGCGAUCCCACACCGGCUAUCGCGGAGGGGGGGACUCCCAGGGAGCCCCCCGCAGCACGCCCGUCCUCCUCGAAGCCCCCCGGCCAUGUGAGAGUGGGGUCCUUGCGAGGACCCCACAAUCACAUGGCCGGGGGUAGCUGCCUCCUGCAUUGCCAGCAGGGGGACUGCCUGUAAUGACAGGUGGUCCCCCUGAUGGCUGAAAAUAAAAAUAAAAUAAAUAAAUAGUGUAAAAAAAAUAAUAUAUACUUAGAUCAUAUAUAUAUUACAUAUAUAUAUGAUCUAAGUAUAUAUAUAUAUAUAUAUAUAUAUACACAUAUACAUACACACACGUACACCGUCUAGGUGUAUUUUACUAUUAAUAUAUAUAUAAUUAUAUAUAUAUAUUAUCAAAUUACACGUAGACUGAUACUGAUUAAAUAUAUAUAUAAUUAUUGUUAUAUAUAUAUUUAUAUAUAUUAUAAAAAAAAUUAAAAUGUAAAUACGUUAAAAAAUAAAAUUACAAAAAUAAUUAAAAAUAAUUAAAAAAUAUAUAGAUGUGUGUUAUUUCGUUCUAACUGUAUUGUGAAAUUAAUAUAUAUAUAUAUAUAUCAAAAUACACGUAGAACAAAAUAAUAUAUAUAUCUAUAUACAUAAAUAUAUACGUAUAUAUCACUAUAUAUAUACCUAUAUAUAAAUAAAAAUAUUUUUAAAAAUUAUAUAGAUAUAUACAUAUAUAUACACAUACGUAUAUAUAUAGACAUAUAUUAAUUCUACAUAUAUAUUUAUGUAAUAUUUUUACAUAAUUAGGUAUCUUAAUUAAUUACAAUUAGCAGGACCUGCCUGACAACCCAUGCCGAAAGUAAAGGGAAUUUAAUUUGCUAGCACUAUAUUUAACCCUAUAACUUUCCGAGACACCAUAAACCUGUACAUGGGGGGUACUGUUCUACUCGGGAGACUUCGCUGAACACAAAUAUUAGUGUUUCAAAACAGUAAAAUGUAUUACAACGAUGAUAUCGCCAGUAAAAGUUACGUUUUUUGCAUUUUUCACGCACAAACAGCAUUACACGGACAAUAUUAUUGCUGUGAUACUUUUUACUGUUUUGAAACACAAAUAUUUGUGUUCAGCUAAGUCUCCAGAGUACAACAGUACCCCUCAUGUACAGGUUUUAUGGUGUUUUCAAAAGUUACAGCGUCAAACAUAAGGCUUGCGUUUCAUUUUUUACACAUUAAAAUUCGCCAGAUUGGUUACGUUGCCUUUGAGACCCUAUGGUAGCCCAAGAAUGAAAAUUACCCCUAUGAUGGCAUACCAUUUGCAAUAGUAGACAACCCAAGGUAUUGCAAACAGGGUAUGUCCAGUCUUUUUUAGUAGCCAUUUAGUCACAAACACUGGCCAAAAUUGGCGUUUUUUGAAUUUUUCACACACAAACAAAUACUAACGCUAACUUUGGCCAGUGUUUGUGACCAAAUGGCUACUAAAAAAGACUGGACAUACCCCAUUUGCAAUACCUUGGGUUGUCUACUAUUGCAAAUGGUAUGCCAUUAUGGGUGUAAAUUUCAUUCCCGGGCUACUAUACAGUCUCAAAGGCAACGUAACCAAUCUGGCGAAUUUCAAUUUCAAAUGUAACGUGCUAUAUUUGACCCUGUAACUUCCCAAAACGCCAUAAAACCUGUACAUAGGGGGUACUGUCUUACACGUGAGACUUUACUGAAUACAAAUAUGUGUAUUUUAUUGCAGUAAAAGCAAACAGUAUUAUGACACCGACCGUUAAAAUGUCAUGUAGAACUAAAAAUUUUUUAAAAAAUCGUAUUUUCUCCCAUUUUUUUCAUAUUAAAUUAUGUUUCAUAACUGAAUAUUUGAUAUUAAAUGAAAACCCUGUUUCCCCUGAAUAAAAUGAUAUAUAAUAAGGGUGGGUACAUUUACUAUGAAAGAGUUGAAUUACAGUUGGACAGACAUGUAGCGCAAAUGCCAGGUUUUGUUUAAAUUUUGUUUUGUUCACAGCGUGUACAUUUGGCUCCGUCCUUACGGGGUUAAGAUUGAGAUCAUUCAAAAGUAUAGGAUAGGACCCAGGACACUAUGAAAUUAAUAAUGUGUUAUUACUGAAACUGUAUAUUUUAAUGUAUUUACAUUUUUAUCAUUUUUACUGUCACAUCUUUUAGACAAUCACCAAGUGCUACUCUUCAGUCCACCAACACUCAUACUCAAAGCAGCAGCUCUAGUUCGGAUAGUGGUCUCUUCCGCUCUCGCCCUUCUCCCUCCCUGCAACCAGAUGAGGACGGUAGAGUGGAACCUUAUGUUGAUUUCACCGAGUUCUAUCGGCUUUGGAACGCAGAGCAUGGUGACCCAGGAGCUGCAGUUACUGCUCAGUGAAGUGAACAAUGCAUGAUUUGGCUUCUAUUGCUGGAGACAAACCAUCACACAAUGACAAUGAACAGUCUAGCCUAACAAUCCUCCAAAUGCUUUUGCUCUGGUUAAUCGCUGCAAGAGAUCUACCUCCUGGUUAGUGGGGUGGAAAAAACUCUUCACACGUUUUAUUUUACAAGGAACACCACACAACUAUCCUAAAAAGAAAUUCCAUCCAAAUUUUUGUUGUCAAACUGCAUUUUCUUUCAGACAACUCAUUCCCUUAUUAGAGAAUGGCACAACAGUAGGAAAAUAAUUGUAAAACCCCUAAGUUGCAUUAAUACCUUUCUCCUGCUGCCCACAAGUUGAUGAUAUAUGUGCUAUUUACUGCAGGCCAUGCCUUGCUUCCUGCAGAGAUUCUCAUACCACUCUGGGCCUAUAAACUGUCCAAUGGCAUUCUUUCACAAGGCUGAUAAAAGACUGGAAACCGUACAGACCUGAAUAGUCAAGAUAACUUUGUUAUAUCCCUUGUGAAAAUACACAGGAUGACAACACAGGACUAUAAAUGAACAUGUCAUAUAGCACUGAUUUAAAAAGUUAAUAAUGUAUGAAAGCCAGAUUUGUUGUCAAAGUUGGGCAAUGUUUUAUGCCAGAGGCUUUCAGAGUACAAUAAGCCCCUAAUAGAUAAACUAAUGCCCAAAUCUCUUAAAUAGCCUAUUGCUUAAAACUAACUUUUUUUUUUUUUUUUUAAAGGGUCUUCAGAAAUAUACUUUCAAGGAAAACUUAUUCUGAAAGAUGUAUAUGUGUUCAUUUGUCAGUUACUUGAUUACUAUGCCUUUUUCACCUGUUACUUCCUUAGUAUGUGGUAACAUACAAGUUCAUGUUUCUUACAGGAAUAACCAAUCUCCUUGAUCUCUAACAUUAUAGUGUACCUGAUACAUGGUUACAGGUGACCUUAAAAUGUUGAGAAUUGUAUAAAUAUGUAAGGGAUUUUACAACGUAUCUUGAGACUAUCCCAUGUUUUCUAGUCUACAAUAGCCUCAAACUGCACUUUAGAGCGUGAGCCAAGGUGACGGUUCCACAAGCAGUGUGUUUCAUUCUAGCUUUCACAUGGACUGAUAUAAAAGUCACUUUAUUCGAAAGAUGAAAAGUAAGUUAUUACAAACAAGAAUUCUGAUGUGUCACUAGAGCUAACAUUCUAGAUUUCAGUCACUGACUAACAAUGAAACGCCUGGAUUGUGGAACAUGUAUGCUGUAAAUAAAUAUUACCUCAGAACACUUUCAUACGUUACAUUCAACUGAUUUCACAGAAUAAGAUAAAGCUUUAAUUCCUGACAGAGUGGACAUACUCCCUCAAUAAGCAAUCAGUGUGAUAUCAAGGCAAACGCAGAAUAUGUUACAAACACAGCCUGAUUGUUAGUUACAGUAACAUUCAGAUUGUUCUGUAAGUUGUAGCUUGGCUUUUCAACUAUAUAAAACCGUAUAAAUAUAUAGUAAGAUUCAUUUUCUGUCAUCACAUUUGGUUUCCCAUCUCCGCCCAUUAUUAUGUGCAAAUACCGAUCUAGGAGAUUACACAAAUGUGUAAAUAUGUGUAUACAAUAAAGUAUAUGGUAUUGUUUACAAAUCUGAUCAUGUUUGUCUCUCCAUAAAACCAAGUAAACUUGUAACAC